ACACUAUAUACUGUGUGUUCCUGUGGUGCUCACUAUGAUUUCUAUUGGACGGUCUGCUAAAUCUACCUGCCUAAUCAGUGGCCUGUGUAUAACGUCGCAGGAGCAGCAGCCUUCAGUGCUCCUCCACACCAGUACAAUAUGCAGGUGGUCAGGCUCCCUCAAGGCACAGAGAAGAACUUUGCUCCUGUUGGAACAGUGAAUGGAGAGGUGGUGCACGGGGAUCCAGCUUCUGCUUCUGCCGCUCCUCCUCUGAACACCCCCAUGUCAAAAAAGAGAGAUUGUGACAGCCGGCAGAGUGAAGAUCAGCCAUACAUUAAGAAGCCGCCCAAUGCGUUUAUGCUGUUUAGGAAGGAGCAGAGGCCAAAAGUUGUGGCCGAAUUGAACAUCACCGGGAGUGCAAAAGUAAACACUAUCCUUGGACAGAGGUGGAAGUCGCUGUCAAAAAAGGAGCAGGCCAAAUAUUACGAGGAAGCUUACAAGGAGAGGCAGCUCCACGCCAAGCGAUUCCCCGACUGGUCUACCAGGGACAAUUAUGGCAAAAAGAGAAAGAGGAACAGGAGAAAGGCUCCCACCACAGCAGAAGCGUCUGCAUCGAAGCCUGAGGAGGAGGCACAGCAAGCUAAGAAGCUGUGUGUGACACCAGUGGAGAUGGAGCCUUGUACCUCACAGAGAGCCCGGCUGAACUUGCCUCACCCCCGCCACAGGUGUUCGAGAUGUAUUUGAGGGACUUUCCAGGAACAGUGUUUGCCCCAAGGGCGUUAUUUUUUUCCCCACCAGAGAUAGCUGAAGACCCGCCCCUAUCCUGCCUCUGAUUGACCUACCCCGGUACUGCCCUAACCUUAACCAAUCAUCACUGUUCAAACCUAAACCUAACCGACUCAAACAACGAAGGCAACGAAUACUAGCCAAUCAGGGGCAGGGUAGUGGCAGGGGGAAAAAAAUAACACCCACCACUGCACUGUGAAAAAUGUCCAUCCGCUUAGUCAGCGUUGGAGAACAGGGGACACUUACGACGAAGCAGUUUGAACUCCUCUGUUCCUCCCCUCUCCCACGUUUCCCCCCUCUCUACCCCUUCAAGAAUAGCUCUGCCACAAUAAGUUCAUAUAUUCAUAUAUACAAAAGAUGGAUAAAUACCUGACAUUUCUAGCUUUUUUUUUUAAACAGCAGUUAGAAUUUUCCUCUAAUUUAUCAGAAACAGACUUUGAUAUUUAUAGAGAUAUAUAUCUCUAUAUAUCUAUAUAUAUAUAUAUCCACAUUGGUUUAAAUUAUUUGAAAAAAAUUAAAGAGCAGAACAGUGUCUGAAAUUUUAGAGAUAACCUAAGCUAAUGUUGUGUGUAUGAUCCUCUUAGUGAAGUUUGGGGCCAAUUAGGAUCCCUCAACUCGAAAUUUCUAAUAAUAAAAAAAUGUGUUUAGUUGCAAUUUUGAAUCAUGAAGCUAGUAAUUGUUCUAAAAUGAGAUUUUCAAACACAUCCAUAUACAUUUAGCUAAAGUGUAAAGGUUAAAUUUAAAUUCAGUAUUUUUUUUAAUUUAAAUUGAAUAAACUGACAGUUAUUGGAAUAUACGUAAUCACAUAUUCAUACAGAUCAGUGUUUUUUCCAACCUUUUCUACUUGUGACCCGUUGUCACAGUGUGCAUUUCUGUGAGUUUUAAAUUCAAUCAAAGAGUGAUGAGUGAUUUUCUGGAAUUAUAUCACACACGUGCACACACAAAAAAGCAAAGAUUAGAGAAAUGUUUAAAAAUUAGACAUAGUUUUGUCUGGCAGAGCUUCUUUUAUCUUUUUUCAUUCUCUGCUAAUCUUCUUGUUAUACUGUAUAUUCCCUAUAUAGGCCUACUCCUGUAUCUCCUUCAAGAAACGUCUUAAGACCUACUUUACUCUUGCUUUUACAUUGUUUGUUGCCUUGCAUAUUUC